CAAUGUGACAAGACUUCAGAGAAGCCUUGAGAUUCAAUAGUUAUCCUGGACCUGGAACAUAAGAAAAUGGAAAAUUUGAUAAAGAAAGCAUCUUCGUAGACUUCACAUGAAAUCCCUGGGAAGCAUCCAACUUCAUGGCAGGAAAGUCUUCCCGCUUUAUCCGAUCAAUUUCUUAAAAAAUAUCACUGGAUUUCCUCAAGCAAUGGAUCACAAAACACUAUUCACUCGCACCAUUUUCCUCAUCUCACUCCUCCAUGUCAUCCUACCGCCCACCGCUGCCACUGCCUACAAUACCACUGAUAUCAUACAACUCAACUGCGGUGCACCGGCCAACACUACAACUUUGGAUGACCGGAGCUGGGAAGCCGAUAUUCACUCUAAAUACUUUCCUGUCUCCCCUGGCCCAAAGUUCCUUCGGCUCUACUUCUACCCCGAAGAAUACACCAAUUUGGAUAUGACUGCUUCCUUCUUCUCAGUCACUGCCAACAGCUACACCCUCUUGAAAAAUUUCAGUGCACAUCUGACAGUUUCUGCCAUGCAUGCCGCCUCCUUGAUCAAAGAAUUCAUAGUUACAGUGAGGGACUACGAGAGGCUUAAUGUAACUUUUACCCCAUCUCCCAACUCUCAGGCUUUCAUUAACGCCAUCGAAAUUGUUUCCAUCUCAAGCAUCCUUUCCACAAGCGGUUAUGAUAUUAAUAUCCCAUGCGUGACUGCAGACCGUGGUAUUUUCUUGACUUUGGAAAAUACCACGACUCUGGAGACUCUUCAUCGGCUGAACAUCAGCGGAAAGCAAAUUGAGAAGACGGUGGAUACUGGAAUGUAUCGAACAUGGCGACCAGAUGAAGUCUACCUCGCAGGUGGAUCAAAGUGGACUCCACCACUUCUGCAAAAAUUCCUGCUUCACUUUAAACCAAGCACACCGGCCUACACCACACCGGAGGAAGUCUACAUUAGUUCGCGUAUGAUGAGCAAGGAUGCUUCGUUUAAUCUGGAAACCAACAUGACUUGGAUCUUCCCCGUUGAUGCAGGGUUCAACUACCUCGUCAGGCUUCAUUUCUGCGAGCUUUUGAGAGAGGUCACAGGCAGGGAUCAACAUGUUUUCGACAUAUCCAUUAACAAUCAAACUGUUGAAACACCGGUAGACGUGUUUUUACAGAGCGUUGGCAACGGUUUUCCGAUGGCCCAAUCCGGAUCCGAUUCCCAGUCCUGCAUGGCGAGCUUCGCCACUGAAAAGUCCGAGAGUAAAGUAACAUCAACAAUUUUACCAAUCGUGGGAGCCAUUCUCGGUGGUUUUGUGCAGUUUUCUCUCGUCUUGAGCUUUUUUGUUUUCCAGAGACAAAGAAAACUGAAGGACACAUCAAACGUAUCUACCACAAAAACCUCCUCCUCAAAACCUUCUUAUCUCGGCUGUCACUUCUCAGUCUCUGAGAUCAAAGCCGCCACUCAAGAUUUUAACUAUCGUUUUUUGAUAGGAUGUGGUGGAUUUGGGCAUAUUAAGGAAAGUAAAUCUCCUCCAUGAAGUCCUGGAUUGUCUCUAUGAAAUUCUAGAUUUGGAAGAUCUCGGAAUUGUAAUUGUAAAUAAUUUAUAUUGUUUCCUAGUUGGAUUAGAUUCUGCAACUAUAUUUUUCUAUAAAUUGUACUGUUCUAU